CUGACCCCCUUGCGGCAGAACGCGUCGCCAGAGGGGACUGAAGAGGAGGAGCGACAUUCCCUCCAGCAAUUCGAAGGAGAAGACCACGACGCUCAGCAGGCCGCUAACACAUCAUCAAUGACAAGCGCUAACAUCAUGCCGGACCUCGCAGGAGCGCAC